AUGAAACGAAACAAAUCAAACAAUAUGAAAAAAAGAAAGAGAAAUGGAAAAAAGAAUAUCAUGAAAUACGGCAUAAAGCUUCCGUCUACCCAAAUCAAAGAUGAUGAUCUGAAAAGCUCUGAAGAUCCACACUACGAUCUCAAAACGGUGCGAAGGAGCGAACAAAUAGCCCCGCAGAAGGGCCUCGUUCAACUUCUGGCGGGUGCGGCAGAUAUGGGAUAUCCGGGACGGUGGAGAACUGGAAGAAUCGAUGAAUUGGAAAAACCGGCGAAGCGAGCGACAAUAGCGAUUAAAAAAUGUAACACCAGAGAAGUCACAUGCUGGGGCGCAAAUAUGUCUCAGUGUUUAGAGGGCCUAGAAGGCUUGACAAGCAAUGAGAAUAGAAACGCGCAGCGCAGAAGAGAUGUUCAGUCAAACCCGGGUUUCCUGGAAGAUGAAAUCCAUGAAUCCACGAGAUGCGCUUUUAUUGGACGCGGCAAUGGAUAG